AAGUACUGUAUGUGUGUGUGUGUGUCCGUGAGCUUGGACGGAAGACAGACGAGUCUCAUUCAUCACUAGGUCCCCGAAGUUACAAGUCACCAAUCCACUCCUAGUUCAUCAGUCACUAAGAUGGUCGGUGUGCUCCCCUUCAUCACGGGCCUCGUCUUGACACUGGGAGUCAUGGCGCCUCUCUCCCAGGGGUUAAGUUUACAGCCGGGAAAGUGUCCGGAAUUUAUCACAAAGCUGGACUUCGAGGUGGCCCCGUACCUGGGUAAAUGGAUCGAGUUCGCUAGGUUCACUAUGCCGUACGAGAGAGGUCAGACGUGUAACUAUGCAGAGUACAGCGACAGAGGCGACGGGACAGUAGGUGUACACAAUGGCGGGCUGGACGCUGGCGGCAACUACACAGAGAUCUUCGGGUACGCUGAAAAGACUCCUGUUAAUGGCGUCCUUGUGCUGCACCUUGAUGGCGUGCCAGUGGCUGGGGACUACAACGUGUUGGCCACAGACUACACCACCUACACCGCCGUCUACUCCUGCAACAACUUCCUCAACUUGGGCCACGUAGAUCAAGCCUGGAUCCUGGCCCGCACCCCAACCCUGACGAAGGAACAGCUCGAGCCGGCCCUCGCUGCCUUCUCCAAGUGGGGUAUUGACACACAGCAAUUCUUCUACACCCCGCAAGAGAACUGUGACUACCCCUAAAACACCCAGACGAUCACCUACACCAACAGGAGAACUCUGACUACCCUACAGCACCUCGGUACCUUACAGAAUAAGUGUAUCUUUACCUUGAACAGCAGGAUGUUAUUUACAGCUCGUAGAAACACUCAGGGUGUCGUCUGCUGCCAGUCAGAAAUGUGUGUUUACCUCUAGGAUGUCAGUCCUUCGUUCACAUCCUGCUGGAGAUUCACCGCUACUCUCGGGAAGGAUUCAACACCUUUAAUGCCCUACUGUGGUAGAGCUUAUCACUUACUCUGGGUCUGGCACUAAGAAAAACAUUAACCUCUGAGUUUUCACUGCUGACACUAUGUAACGCUAUCCGCUGUGACAGACUCUUUUGUUUUAUUUAUCAAAACAAAGCUAUUUAUAAUAUCCUUUACUAUUAAAUAAAUCAAUAUGUAAUUAUUGCAUUGUUAUCUUAAUACACAAAAUAAUUAUCAAUUAUUUGUAUGUUAAGUACAGUCACCCAAAAGAGUCCCGUCGCGAACCAUGAACCCCGAGAUUCAGACUCUUGAAUCCGAAGCAUUUAUGGACGGAAUAAUGUAUCAGUGUCUACUGCUUCGGGUUCACGAGUCUGAGUCAUGGUUCGCGACGGGACUCUUUUGGGAGACUGUACCUCGGCCCGUGCCUCGUCUGGCCGGUCUUAAUUUUUAUAUAAUAAUUCCUUUGUUGCCUUUACGGUGAAUCUGCCGCGGCGCCCUUUAGUGUAAUUGAUUAAAAUGAAUUCUGCUGUUGUGUAUAAUAAAUGGUUUUACCCAGACAA